CCUGGAUGUAGCUAGCUAACGUUAUUAACCUUACUGCUCGUAUGAACGAAGCUUAAUAGAGAAUGUUACUUAGUGAGGAGGAUGAUGAAAUCAGACUAUUGAUGUUUGUUCGGCCUAAGCAUAACUGGAUGAGGUGGAAACAAGACAAUGUACUGGACUGCGUUUUCUUUAGCUCAUAUUAGCUAAUAUAGCGAGCUAGAUGCGUUAGCUCGGCAGCUAACGUUCCUUAAGGUGGCUGUAUUAGCUCGCAAAAACUUCGCUGCUGUGUUAUCAGCGUUCCCAAAAUAGCUUUGAAGACAGCUAGCUAGAAGAGUGUGUGUUUUCGUUCGCUAUUGAUCAUGAUAAAUGCACAAACGAUAUGUCUAGUUAACCCAAUGUUCAAAUGUCUGUUGCUUCGCGAGAUACGUGUGUACGUGGUAGGAAAUUGGACUUUCUAGACAAACUAAGGCGGUGGCUUGUUGCUGGUGAUUAGCCCGCUUCCUUGUUAGAAGCUAGCUACGUCCGUAAAAUUAGCUAGCGAACGUUACAAAUUUUAAAUAAUCUGGUCCGUUAUUGGUAGAUUAACCCACUGAAGUCAGGAUUUUAGUGUAUUUAUUCCAUCUAGCUACGCCGAACAGUAACAUUUCUCCUUCAUUCCUACUUGUCGGUCCUCUAUCCCUGUUUUGGGGGCAAGUAGUUUUCUUGGGAAACGUUAACGUUAGUCAAGAUACCUUGCCUUGCUAAUCUUUAUCUGGCUAGUUAGUUAAAUGAUCGUUAAAAAUGGUGAACAUUUUCUGUAUUGCUGUAAAUGUGGGGUUUGGCCACAAUUAUGUCUAAUCACUCGCUAGUAUUAUUUCGAGGUCCUAUUAUUGCUACGGGCGAAGUUUAAACGACGUUAACUUGAACAGUUUAUGAUGGUUUAUGCAACAUUCACGGGUCCUUCGUAUUCCCUCCAUCAGAUUUAGUGUCAUCAUUCCUACGUCAUGCGAACGCACCGGUCAUUCCGAAACACAGGCAGGAACAUCUUUUCCAUGAUUGAAGUUACUCACAUACAACACUUGUAUGUAUGCAUACAAAAUGUAAUAAUUACACUAGGUUGAUUCCAAAAAAUUCUACCCACAUUAGUACAUGUAAAUUGGCCCUGUUAUUUUCCCUUCUUCAGAUGGUGUCAUAUCCCCAAACAUCUAAGCAAAUGUACAAAGAAAGCCAAAUGGCUCAGAUACACACAGAUUUUGUAGUGCAAUUUUGGUUUCACUAUAUUGAAAUUACAGUGGUGUUUAUACAUUUCAGGGCAUCAUAGGUGUUUGCAGUUGCUCAGGUGUGUUUAAUUGCCUUCUUAAUGCAGGUAUAAGAAAGCUCUUAUCUUAAUCUUUCCUAAUCUUUCCUGUAGUCUUCCAGUCAUCUUUGGAAAGUAUUAUUGCUGAAGCCAUUAUGAGACUGAGAAUAAAAUGGUUAGAGACAUUGGCCAAACCUUAGGCAUACCAAAAUCAAGAAUUUAAAACAUAAUUAAGAAGAAAGGGAGCACCAAGGAAGACCUCUCAGGGGCGACAUGGCUCAGGCAGUAAGAGCAGUCGUCUGGCAGUAGGAGGGUUGCCGGUUCGAUCCCCCACCGGGCUGUGUCGAAGUGUCCCUGAGCAAGACACCUAACCCCUAAAUGCUCCUGACAAGCUGGUCGGUGCCUUGCAUGGCAGCCAAUCGCUGUUGGUGUGUGAGUGUGUGUAUGAAUGGGUGAAUGAGAAGGAUCAAUUGUACAGCGCUUUGGAUAAAGGCACUAUAUAAAUGCCAACCAUUUACCAUUUACCAUGAAUAAUUCUCUCCAUAAUAAAGAAAAAUCCCCUAACACCUAUCUGUCAGGUCACUCUUCAGGAGUCAGGUGUGGAUUUGUCAGUGACCACUGUCCACAGAAGACAUCAAGAACAUAUACAGAGGCUACACUGCCAAACCACUGGUUAGCCACAAAAACAGGAUGGCCAGGUUACAGUUUGCUUAAAAGAAGCACCACAAACCUCCCUAUCUUUAAGCUGAAGGACUCUUGUGUGCGAAGAAGAUACAGCGAUUUCGAAUGGCUAAAGAAUGAGUUGGAGAGGGACAGUAAGAUUGUAGUCCCUCCCCUGCCUGGGAAGGCACUGAAGAGGCAGCUGCCCUUCCGGGCAGAUGAGGGAAUCUUUGACGAUUCCUUCAUAGAGGAGCGACGGGUAGGCUUGGAGCAGUUCAUCAACAGAAUCGCAGGGCACCCCUUGGCCCAGAAUGAGCGUUGUCUGCACAUGUUCCUGCAAGAUGAGAGUAUCGACCGGAAUUACAUCCCUGGAAAAGUACGGCAAUAGGAGCACGGGCUGGAGGUGGUGUUGGGUUGGGGGUGGGGUCAUAGGAGAAGGGACGCACUACAUCUUUGUUUUUUUUUUUGUUUUUUUGCUUUCACCCUAACCAUCAUUAGAUGCAGAAAUGACAUGAACAUUUAUUUUUUACAGUGCGCCCGUCUGUCUGUCUGUGCUACACUUCACUUUAAUUGUUUUACAAUUCAUGUGCUUGUCUGGAUCACUCUGUCACCUGCUUACACACUUGUACUUUCUGUAUAUGUGUUCAUGUCAAAUGAGAGCUUUUAUAAAUAUAUUCAAAUAAAAAGAGAAGGGGAUGCAUGAUUGGUUGUGAUGCCACAUAAACCAGACUGCACCCUGGAAAGAUGCCUGUUCAUGUGUAAUUGGUUACUUUUUCUGAAUACACUUUCCCUCCUUUUUAGGUAUGAAUAAAGUAAGUUUAUUGAUGUUUUA